AGUGGGAGGAAGAAAAGCUACAACCGGAGAUUUAGAUAUAGCCGUUAAAAAGGUCCAAGAACCGAACGGCUGCAAGUUACCCAGCGCGAAUUCGAUCAUCUCUCACCGGUAAGGUCGAUCUUAAAGCGUUGAUCUGACGGUGAAGAGAGACGGCUAAACCGCACAUGAGCAAAGCAAAGAGAUCUCCCAUAACAGGGCUCGGACCGUACUUGAGACUGUCCGCGGAGAAACUCAAGAAGGAGAAGGAAGAGAAGAAGAAGAAGAAGAAGAGUGCAACCUCCGACAAAAGUCCAUCAGAAAUGGCAGCAACAACAGCAGCUACGAUGUCGAUCGGGUCAGCAGUCUGUUGUGGCCCCAAGACAAGCACUUGCGCUCAGUCCAAGCUCUUCACUCUGAGGCCUACUCCCCGCAACUCGCUCACAACUUUCAGCGGCCUCAAGGCAGCGACCUCUGUGAGCUUUGAGUCCGACUCGUCUUUCCUAGGCAGGGACUCCAGUUCAGCCCUCCGGCGCAUGUUUGCCAUCAACUCUCAGAAACCAAACCAAAGUCUCCCCUCCAAGAAAUCUCUUCAGCCCCAGGCAUCUUACAAGGUGGCCGUUCUUGGCGCUGCAGGUGGGAUUGGUCAGCCUCUAGCCCUCCUAAUCAAGACAUCCCCUCUUGUCUCAGCUCUCCACCUCUAUGAUAUAGCAAAUGUUAAGGGAGUCGCGGCUGAUCUUAGCCACUGCAACACUCCCUCUCAAGUUCUUGACUUCACUGGUGCUUCUGAGUUAGCUGAGUGCUUGAAGGGUGUGAACGUGGUGGUCAUUCCUGCUGGGGUUCCGAGAAAGCCUGGAAUGACCCGAGAUGAUCUAUUCAACAUAAAUGCAAACAUAGUGAAAACUCUUGUGGAGGCUGUGGCUGAUAACUGCCCCGAUGCUUUCAUCCACAUUAUAAGCAAUCCAGUGAACUCCACUGUCCCAAUUGCUGCUGAGGUUCUGAAGCAGAAGGGGGUCUACAACCCAAAGAAGCUCUUUGGAGUCACCACCCUAGAUGUUGUUCGGGCUAAUACUUUUGUUGCCCAGAAGAAGAACCUGAAACUGAUUGAUGUUGAUGUACCUGUGGUUGGGGGUCAUGCGGGGAUUACCAUUUUGCCUCUGCUUUCGAAGACAAAGCCUUCAGUGAGCUUCUCAGAUGAAGAGAUUGAGGCUCUCACUGUCAGGAUCCAGAAUGCUGGUACAGAGGUCGUCGAGGCAAAGGCAGGGGCAGGCUCCGCUACACUCUCAAUGGCCUAUGCAGCGGCCAGAUUCGUGGAGUCAUCUCUCAGGGCUUUAAAUGGAGAUGAUGUCUAUGAAUGUGCUUACGUUCAGUCUGACAUCAAUGAGCUUCCAUUCUUCGCAUCAAGGAUUAAGAUGGGGAAGAAAGGGGUUGAAGAGAUCAUUUCUGCCGACUUCCAAGGGUUGACCGAGUAUGAGCAGAAGGCGCUCGAAGCACUCAAGCCUGAGCUCAAGGCGAGCAUUGAGAAGGGGAUUGCAUUCGCCCAGAAGAAACCAGUAACUGCUUGAGGUUUCGUGUUUCAGUUGUAGAAGGAUACUUCUGGUGGGUCUAACCUGAAGUGGCAUUUAGUUGUCUCAUUUUUGUGGGCUAAAGAUUUCGUUGGGUCUUGCGGUUUUUCUUCAUCAAAGGACAAAUAACACCGAGACAGUGUCGUGGUCUCAAAAGAUCCUUACUUGCUAAUUGCUAUCAUAAUACAGGGAUCUAGUCAUCUAUAGCUUGAGAAUAAUGUUUAGCCAGUCACGGAUGUUCCCUUUCUACAAAAAAAAAAAAGAUAGUUCAAAGAGAUAUCACACAUUUUACUCUUGA